AUGUCCCUGUUGAGUCUGUUAACCGUCCAGACACUGUGGCUGAGCCUGGGUCUGUCUGGCCAACGCUUCCCAUCCUGGGGUCACUAUGACCUGUGUAAGACCCAGGUUCACGGGGACCAGGGGCUGAGCUGGGAUUACAUGGCGUGUCAGCCUGAGGUUACCCAACUCACCAAGUUUCUGAAGAUCAGCCUGGACCCUCCCAACAGUACGUGUGGAGAGAGCCCCGAGAUGUACUGCACGCUGGAGAACCCGUACAUGUGUAAUAAUGAGUGUGAUGCCCGUACCCUGGAGCUCUCCCACCCCCCCGAGCUGAUGCUGGAUGAUGAGGGCCGGGUACCCAACACCUUUUGGCAGAGUGUGUCAUGGAGGCAGUUCCCGGAGCCCCUGGUGGUCAAUCUCACCCUGUCCUGGGGGAAGAGCAUCGAGCUGACCGAGGACAUUGUCAUCACCUUUGAAUCGGGCCGGCCAGAGCAGAUGGUGCUGGAGAAAUCUCUCGAUCACGGCCACACGUGGCAGCCCUAUCAGUUCUACGCUGUCGACUGCCUCAACUCCUUCGGCAUGGAGUCCCGGAAAGCCCGGGAUCUCACCCCGGCCUCGGUCCUGGACAUUAUCUGCACCGAGGAGUAUUCCAGGGGCUACGUGUGGAAGCUGGAGAAGACGGUGCGUUUCGAGAUCCAGGCGCGGUUCGCCCUGUUCGGGGGACCCCGGCUCAGUGAUAUGGCCUCCUUGUACAGCCGCCUGGACACUACCAAGGAGCUGAGGGACUUCUUCACCGUGACUGACCUGAGGCUGCGCCUCCUCCGGCCUGCCACUGGCCCCACCAGCGUCGACCCCCUGAACCUCUCCAAAUACUUCUACGCCAUCUCCAAUCUGGACAUUCGGGGCAGGUGUAAGUGCCACCUUCACGCCAACAACUGUAUCCAGGAGAAUGGGAGGCUGAGCUGUCAGUGUGAGCACAACACAACGGGCCAGGACUGUGGCAGCUGCAAGAACGGUUUCCAUGGACGACCUUGGACGGCAGGUUCCUACCUCCCCAUCCCCAAAGGCACGGCCAAUGUCUCUACCCUGUCUGUCUUUUCCUCCCAAGUGUGUCAGUGUUUCGGACACUCGAUGCGGUGCAGUUACCUGCUGCUGUUCCGUGCUGCUGUCUGUGUGAGCUGUAGACACCGCACCCGGGGGCGACACUGCCAUUUGUGCCGCGGGGGUUACCAUCGGAACCCUUCAGCUCAGCUCCACCACCACAACGUCUGCUUAGACUGUCAGUGUAACCCUGAUGGCUCUCUACAUCGACGCUGUAAUGACACGGGGUAUUGUGACUGCAAGGCUGGAGUGACGGGGCCCAAAUGUGACAAGUGUUUACCUGGAUAUUACUGGCACAGGGGCUGUCGAGCGAGAGUUUGUGAUAACGUCCUGACCCGGUGUGAGAACGGGGGAGUGUGUGAGGACAAUGGCAGGUGUCUGUGUCUCCCUCCGUACACAGGGCUGUUGUGUGAGAAACACCAAUGCAAGAAGGGAACAGGUGCCUGUGUCUCACAGUCACCACAAGAUCCAAGCUUCACCCACCUGCUGCUCUCCCUUCCUGCCCUCCUCAUCACUGUCAAUGACCAUGGGGCCCUGUGA